UGGGAGGCUGCCCGGACAACGCUCGGCAAGCAUGGCGCUGCUGAAAGUCAAGUUCGACCAGAAGAAGCGGGUCAAGUUGGCCCAAGGGCUCUGGCUCAUGAACUGGGUCUCCGUGUUGGCUGGCAUCAUCAUCUUCAGCCUCGGGCUGUUCCUGAAGAUUGAACUGCGGAAGAGGAGCGAUGUGAUGAAUAAUUCGGAGAGCCAUUUUGUGCCCAACUCCUUGAUAGGGGUGGGGGUGCUGUCCUGUGUCUUCAACUCUCUGGCUGGCAAGAUCUGCUACGAUUCCCUGGACCCAGCCAAGUACGCCAAGUGGAAGCCCUGGCUGAAGCCGUACCUGGCCAUCUGUGUUUCCUUCAACAUCGUCCUCUUCCUUGUGGCCCUCUGCUGCUUCCUGAUGCGGGGCUCGCUGGAGAGCACCCUGGCCUACGGGCUCAAGAACGGAAUGAAGUACUACCGCGACACGGACACCCCCGGCAGGUGUUUCAUGAAGAAGACCAUCGACAUGCUGCAGAUCGAGUUCAAAUGCUGCGGCAACAACGGCUUUCGGGACUGGUUUGAGAUUCAGUGGAUCAGCAACCGCUACCUGGACUUUUCCUCCAAAGAAGUCAAAGAUCGCAUCAAGAGCAACGUGGAUGGGCGGUACCUGGUGGACGGCGUCCCUUUCAGCUGCUGCAACCCCAGCUCGCCGCGGCCCUGCAUCCAGUACCAGCUCACCAACAACUCGGCACACUACAGCUACGACCACCAGACGGAGGAGCUCAACCUGUGGGUGCGCGGCUGCAGGGCCGCCCUGCUGAGCUACUACAGCAGCCUCAUGAACUCCAUGGGCGUCAUCACGCUCCUUGUGUGGCUCUUGGAGGUGAGCAUCACGGCGGGGCUGCGCUACCUGCACACGGCGCUGGACAGUGUGCCCAACCCCGAGGAGCCCGAGUGCGAGAGCGAGGGCUGGCUGCUGGAGAAGAGCGUGCCCGAGACCUGGAAGGCCUUUCUGGAAAGCGUAAAGAAGCUGGGCAAGGGCAACCAGGUGGAAGCCGAGGGUGCAGACGCCGGCCAGGCCCCAGAGGCUGGCUGAGGGCCGCGGGCCCCUCCCCUCCCGAACACUGAGCAGUAGUGGACUCCAAGAAACACGGAUACCCCCUUUGUCCAACUCUGAGAGCCCGAAUCUCCCAAGGCGGGCGCCAUCUUACAGACUCUUCUUGAUGGUGGAAUUUAAAGUUUAGGGUCCCUAAAGCAUUUGGCUUAAAGACGUUUAUUGAAUGACUGACUCAAAAUGUGAAUGGGCGAGCCCCCCCACAGGCCCAUCACCCUAGGACGUGCCCUCGUGGCGACUCAGGGGCCUCUCAGUGGAUGACUACCCCAGGACCUGCGUUCUCAUGGCACAGGACGAGUUCAGUUCCAUCCACAUCCUAGGGCUGCUCCCCUUUUAGAGUCUGCCUGUUAGGAGCUCCAAGUUGCUUCAUUCUAGGUCCAGAGUGUCACUUGGUGCAUAAGCCCAGGAGUCUGAAAACUGAAUGGCCGUGUUGUCUUUUCAACAUUUUUCAUGCCAAGAUUGACAGGUCGGCCAUUUUGUUUGCUUAAUGCCUGAAGGUGGGGGCAAGUUAUACUUUUCUAAGAGUAAUGGACUCUCAAAGCACUGAAGGCUCUAAACAGGAUUUCUUCCAUCAUGGGGCAAGAGAAUUUUAAGGCGAGGGUUACUUCCCCCCCACCAAAAAUAUAGCGAAAGGCCUGCUUUUGUGUCAUUUUGUGUCACAUUCACAUGCCCUCAGUCACGUAGCCUAGAGCAAGCCAUGGGUUGACGAAGGCAGGUUGUUGGCAUGUUCCAGCAACACUCCACCCCCAAAGUGCUGGGCGAUGCCCUGUGGCUUGUCUACAGAAGCACUGGGUCAGCCAGAUUGCUGCCUGCCCUGGAAGAGGAACCGCCACCACGCAGGAGUCUCCCUUUGGAGACCAGGCCUCGUCUCUUGGUGGGCCCAGGGACACCUACACAGGUGGCCAUGGCAGCCCCCAUGGACAACACUAAUUGUCUACGGUGGAGGCCAAGGAGUCCUCUGGGAGCUUCUGUUUCUUCCCCCAGACACCCAUCCUGCAACACACUAUUUCUGGAAUGCUUCUGUAUCAAAGAACAUUCUUUGAGAUAACCCAACUUCCUGAGCUAGCAGCUGUUAAGAGAGUUUUCACUUCCUUUAGGAGAGUUUCCUCCGAAGCUUGGGAAGGAGAGAGUUUCACUGACAUCCCAGGCCCCUGCCCAGCGUAAUUCUGCCAGCUGGGUAGAACAUUCAAGAGAGUUCGUUCCUAUCUGGCAGGAGACCAAAGCCAGAGGGUAGAAAACAGAAAGGGAGCAGUCCGUAACUUAAUCUCUGCUUCUGACCAAGCAAUGGUGUUCAGGAACAGAUUACUUUGGACUGAAUUUGGGUUCGUUUCUGUCCUAAGAAUUUCAGUGUAGGGAAAGUGAGACUUCUGGUGCUGUCUGGGGUGUGUUCUUGGGCUCUAAUUCUCCCAAGCAGAAGACCAGAUCAAAGAUGUUUGGACACCCUGUCAGACUGUGGUCCCAGGUUGUAUCAGACUUCUGAGUCUCCUUGAGACUAAGGAAUGAUCAACACUGAAGAUGCUGAGCCAGCCAUCUCUAGUAAGGGUCCCUGAGCUCGCCUCCAUCUCUCAGGAGUGCUGAAAACCAUUGUGAAAGUGCUGUUCUAGGCCCACAUAUGUAACUAUGCUGUUAACAGCUGCAUAAUAGACAUUAAAAUAUAUAUUAUAUGAAAAUCACUUUUGUUAAAUGACUGUCUUAGUCCAUGCAACAACAUAUCACAAGAUCCCCUAGUCUAGCUAGUGUUUGUUAAAAAAGAGAAGAAACCAACCCCAAAGGGAAGCACUGUUAACAACUCCUGUUACCAACAUGGCAUGGGUAUCAUGCCUCUCAACAUUUGCGAGAGUUUGAAUCAGAGCUCGAAUAUGUGGAAUUUUAGAUUAGUGAUUUAGGCAAAAAUUCCAAGCCAUUUUUCUUCUUCUGCCCUAGGCAAAACGUAUUUCCACAAACAGGGAAAUGAAUCUCCAAAGGGCCAGGUUAUAGGGCAGCUAUGAGCAAUCUUGAGAAUCUGGAAGCUGCUGGGAGGACCAAGGGUGACUUGACCCUAUGAUAAAUCUCAGUAGGUUCAGAGCAGACUUAGGGUGGUUAACUGCAUCAUAACAAGUCUUCUCAGGUAUCCAGCCAGCUGCUAGAGAAAACUCACCCAUCUCUUUUGGUCACCUACCAGUACCCAGUAAGACUCUGGUACCAGGUUCUUCCUUGUGUCUAACCUCAGUCUUUCCUAGGGCUAGUAUAAAUUCAUUUAUCCAAAGGGACUCAUCUAGUUUUUAAAGUUCUGACAGCCUAGCCCUGUGGUGGCAUAAGAAGUAAAGACAGGGCUUUAGGACUUCAAUUUUUAAAACUCUCAUUCUAUAGUGAAGAAAUAGGUGAUGGUUCCUUAGUUAGAACAUUUAGGAAGCUGGGUGUCCUAGAAUUUGUGGCCCCAGUUCAAGAGCCCUUGCAACAUGCUUCAAGCCCAGGACUGAGCUGCCAGGAUAUAAGCCCUGAGUAACCUCAAUAUGCACUAAUGAGAUUAGGGGCUUGCCCUGCACCUCUGUCCGGGCGUCUGUUCUGCUAGGCCAGCAGGUUUGCAGCUUAGUCGGGGCAGCGCGGACCAAGACAAUCAGGGCUGCUCCUCUACCACUGGAUAAAAAGAUGGCCCCUAAUGGCAGCACAGGCAGCACCAUGUGGAACAGGAAUGUGUCUGUGGAAUACUGUA